AUGGGCUACUGGGAUGCCUCCGCGCCUACUGGCGUCAUGGAUCCUCUGCUGAACCAAGAUAUCUACACCGAUCUCUUGACAUUCACCUUCUGUGGCCCGAAUCCAUAUAACCAAAACCAGCCACUCUUCAUUGAUGCUGAGGACCCUUCGCGGUCCUUCACAGGCACGCAAUUCCGGCAGCUGGUCCGGACUUUGAUCGCAGGCUUCAAAGCGCAUGGCGUGCAAAAGGGUGACUGUGUACUACUUCAUCUGGGGAACAGCAUCUUAUAUCCCGCUCUGUUCUUCGGUAUCAUUGGCGCCGGCGGUGUCUACAUGGGUUCAAAUCCCCGCAGUCAAACCUCCGAAUUCGAACACAUCAUUUCCCUCGCCGAGCCCAAAUUCAUCUUCACAACUAGCGAUGCACUCCCAAUGGUGUUGGAGGUCGGUGCCACCCGUGGUAUUCGUCCGGAACAGGUUUGCGUGGUCGACGAGCGUGCUGUGGAUCACUGCGCUCAACUCUUCCUGUCGUACGAGAUGGGUUACCCGGCGAAGGAUGCUAUGGCCAUGCGCACGCAGGAUGCUGCAUACCUCAAUUUCCCGCGUUUGCUUUGCUACGGCGAAAGUCACUGGAUGACUUUCACUGAUCCUAGAGAGGCGCAGUCCACACCUGCAGCUAUGUUCUCGACUAGUGGAACAGGUGGCCUUCCCAAGGCUGCUAUCCUGUCGCACCACGCCAUUGUGUCGCACCACCGAUCAAUCCAAUAUGAUGUGCCGUUCCCUGUUAGCAGACUCAUGUCGUUACCUAUGUUUCAUUUAUUCGGUGCAUUGUGGACACACUUGUUCCCUGUGCGCUACGGCCACCCCGUUUUCGUAUUGCCACGCUUCGAGAUGAAGUCAUUCUUGUCUGCUAUCCACCGGUACCAGAUCUCAGAGACAUAUGUGGUACCUGCGAUUGUGAACUCGAUCAACCGCUCUACCAUGCCUGUUGCCAGCUACCUGACAUCGCUACGAUAUGUCGGUGUUGCUGGUGCGCCAAUUGAUGCGCAGACAAUGGGCCAAUUCCAGAGCCUCCUCCACUCGCAGGCCUAUGCUUGUCAGCUAUGGGGUAUGACCGAAGUCGGUGUAAUUUUCCAGAACCGCUACGGCCAGCAAAAUAACCACGGUAGCAUCGGCACCCGUCUAGCAGGGUAUGAAGCACGCCUGGUCGAUUCUGAAGGCAGAAUUGUGCAGAAUGACGACCGGGCGGGCGAACUGUACGUUCGCGGGCCGGGCCUCCUACAAUCUUACAAGGGCCGCACCGAUGCCAAAGAAGCCGGUGGUUGGUUCCGCACAGGUGACGUGGCAUACGUCAAGCACGGCUACUAUUACAUCGUUGGCCGGACAAAAGAGUUAAUUAAAGUGCGAGGUUGGCAAGUGGCUCCCGCCGAAGUGGAGACAGUCCUCCUCCAACACCCAGGAAUCAUCGACGCCGCCGUUACCGGUGUAAAUCUACCAGAUGGUAGCGGUGAAGUGCCCCGCGCCUUCGUCGUGCGCUCACGCGACCCCGCCCUCAAACGACUCACAGCCAAAGAAGUUUACAAUUUCGCCCGCGACAAGUUGGCCAGCUACAAAGCCCUCGAUGGCGGUGUGAUCUUCGUCGAGGAGAUUCCCCGCACGGCUAGCGGGAAGAUCCAACGGUUCAAAUUAUCGCAGAUGAACACCUACCGACAGAUGAUCGCGAACUUAUUAUCUCGUUUCGAGGGGAACAGCGCCGCACGGGCAUUGCCUACCAGCGCGGAUGUUCCAGUCGGAAUGGCGCCCGAAGGACGGGUUACCGUGUAA